CAAGGGAAAAGAAAAAAUGGCCAGCACAAGUCCUUUGAAGAAGGCACAUUUACCAGUAUCCAGAAUAAAUACAAUUAUGAAAAGUUCAUCAGACGUUGAUACAGUAGAUAAAGAAUCGUCUAUGUUGAUGUGCAAGGCGACAGAGCUUUUCAUCAGAACACUAGCUCUGGAAGCCUACAGAGAUGCGAACAAUGCAAAAAAAUUGGACUAUAAGCAUCUUGCUGAAGUUGUUCAUACAGAGGAAAGGUAUAACUUCCUCAGGGAUAUUAUGCCAAAAAAAAUUACUGUCGCCGAAUAUAAAAGGUUAAUGGCAAAGAAACAAGGCAUAAAUGAUGAUAGUGAAGGGAAGAAUGAGGCUUCUUCAUCCAGUUCAUCUGAUGAUGAAGAGGAUUCUAGUUCAGAUGAUAGUGAACAAAGUAGUGCAAGUGCUUGAUAUAGUGCUUAAUUUAUUGUGUCUGUCUUAUUAUUUUAUAAUUUUUAUACUUUAAAUAAACUUUUUCAUAGCACCAAGAUAAUGUCACUCAUUAUAAUUUUUUUGUAUUUUCACUAUGUCAAUGAGAAGAAUUUAGUCUUCUUAGAAUUGCAGAUGACCACACAGCCACAAGUAGUACCUAAUACCAUGUU